CUCUUUUGGGGCAGCGCGCGAGGGUUUCGAGCGCGGGGGCCGCGGGCGAGGGCGCCGAUUUCUUUCCAGGACUAGCACGAACACCACCAGCGGCGGCGGCGAUCCAGCAUGCCGAAGAACAAGGGAAAGGGAGGGAAGAACCGGAAGCGAGGUAAGAACGAGGCGGACGAUGAGAAGCGCGAGCUCGUGUUCAAGGAGGACGGGCAGGAGUACGCGCAGGUGAUCCGGAUGCUGGGCAACGGGCGCUGCGAGUCGAUGUGCAUCGAUGGGAUCAAGCGGAUGUGCCACAUCCGGGGCAAGAUGCACAAGAAGGUGUGGAUCGCGGCGGGGGAUAUCAUUCUGGUGGGGCUGCGGGACUACCAGGAUGAUAAGGCGGAUGUGAUCCUCAAGUACCAGCCCGACGAGGCGCGGCUGCUCAAGGCGUACAACGAGCUGCCCGAUAACAUCCGGCUCAACGAGGGGAUUGCCAGCGUCAUGGACGACGAGGAGGAGGGCGGCGACGAUUACAUCGAGUUUGAGGACGAGGACAUCGACAAGAUCUAAGAGGGCAGCUAAGCACUGCUUUGUUUCUAUAUAUCUCUCUCCUCUUCUAUUCUACUAGGAAGCACGAGAACAAAGAGUCAAUGAGAGAAAUCUUCAUUGAUCGACCCAAUUCAUCUCUA